UACGCCAUGCGGCUGUCAUAGACGGAGACGGGCGCCGGCUGGGGUCAGCGCCUGUGUUACUGCUGCAGGAGCUAGGGAAGAGCGGUGACGGUCUAGGCUGGACGGUGCCCGGAAUUCUCUUCACAAUGGCCAUGGACAACUCCGGCAAAGAGCGCGAAGCCGUGCAGCUGAUGGCGGACGCCGAGAAGAGGGUGAAGUCCUCGCACUCCUUCCUGCGGGGUCUCUUCGGCGGAAACACAAAGGUUGAAGAAGCCUGUGAAAUGUAUGCCAGAGCCGCUAACAUGUUCAAGAUGGCUAAGAACUGGAGCGCUGCGGGAAAUGCUUUUUGUCAGGCAGCCAAGCUGUAUAUGCAACUGCAGAGCAAACAUGACGCAGCCACGAGUUUUGUAGAUGCCGGGAAUGCGUACAAGAAAGCUGAUCCACAAGAGGCCAUCAACUGCUUAAAUGCAGCCAUCGACAUUUACACAGAUAUGGGAAGGUUUACAAUUGCUGCUAAGCAUCAUAUUACAAUUGCAGAAAUUUAUGAAACUGAGCUUGUAGACAUAGAAAAGGCAAUCGCACAUUAUGAGCAGUCAGCAGAUUACUAUAAAGGAGAAGAAUCAAACAGCUCCGCUAAUAAAUGUCUGCUAAAAGUCGCCGCAUAUGCAGCACAAUUGGAGCAGUACCAAAAAGCAACAGAAAUAUAUGAACAGGUUGGUACCAGCACAAUGGAUAAUCCGCUACUGAAGUAUAGUGCAAAAGAAUAUUUCUUCAAAGCAGCUCUGUGCCAUUUCAUUGUGGAUGAGCUGAACGCUAAGAUUGCGCUGGAGAAAUAUGAAGAAAUGUUUCCUGCAUUUUCAGAUUCCCGGGAAUGCAAGCUAUUAAAGAAAUUGCUGGAAGCUCAUGAAGAACAGAACAGCGAAGCAUACACUGAAGCUGUGAAGGAAUUUGAUUCAAUUUCCCGCUUAGAUCAGUGGCUUACCACCAUGUUACUUCGCAUCAAAAAGUCCAUCCAAGGAGAUGUAGAUGGAGACGGAGACCUGAAAUAAAUCAGAAAAUUGCUACAAGUAUACAUCUGAUCCCUGUUUUUUGUUUUAGCCUUUGCACAUUGUUUGUAUAAUUUACUUUUAUACUUUUCAGCGCCAGUAAAGUCUGUAAUUCAACACAAUGUUAAUGGCUGCAUGAUAUCUCGCACUGAAAGGAUUUCAUAUUAAACAUUUUAUAUGAAUUCUACCUAUUUUUAGUAUGGGGAAUCUAAUAUUGCAAUGGAUGCAAAUGAUAUUUUUUAUGCACAAUGGCCAACUUUCUUGAGGGUAUGAAAGUAGUUAUUGUAUUAAAAUGCACUCAUUGUCUCCACACAGUGUAGGCGGCCAUUUUGUGUGGGCUAAUCUAAUGCAGCCAAUCAUUUUACUAGUAGCCAGUGAAUAAUGGGCGUUUCUCAUCAAUAUUGAUAUCAUACUGUAGGUGGCAUUCUCAUGUAUAUUAUAUAUCUAGUCUAUUGUAUAUGGCUGUUUCCCUUGAGGGUUUCAGAUGGACAGCUGCAGUAUGGAGGAUUGGUAAUCCUAUAACCCAAAGUAUAGAUAGUUGUAGUAUAGAGAAUACUUACAAAAGGAUCCAUAUUAACCUCUAGCAAAGCUCAAAGUACUGCACCUUACUACGCUGAGAAACAUGCAAGUCCUGAGCUACUAAAUGAUCAUCUUGACUAUCGUGCUCAAAGGACACUGCCAGUAAUUGUGGAAGUCACUGUAUCUUUGCAGGUCUUGGCCGCGUUAUAAGGGCUCAUAUGGUAUGUGCACAUACUGUAAGUGCAUGGGGGUUUUACACCUUCCACUGCAGAUUUACUGCUGCCUCCUCCAGUCCUGGGGGGCAAUUAAAUUAGUCACGAUGCUUGACUGCGCAUAUAUACAGCAUAUAUAGUAGCAAAAACAUUGCUAUUUUAUGCGGUGGGAGGAAAAACUAGCUUGUUAAUGGUUGCGAUGUGCCAUUCCGGAGUCGAGAUGAAUUGACGUGGAAAAGCACUGCAUUAAUAGAUUAGUGAUAACUGUGAUUUAUUGCUAGCUGAGAUAUCACUAUUAUAAGAAAUCUGUUGCUGUAGAGUUGUAAAAUUCUAUGACUUGGGUCCCCUUAAAUUUGUUAGUUUAAAAAAAUAAAAAUAAGGCUUAAACAUGAUUUCCAUAUCCACCCCUCACAUCUCCAAACUGUCUCCCACCCUCUGUAUACUGACGCAUUUUACACAAAUCUGUGAAUUUCAUGCAGGAUACGUGUGGUUCCAGUCUGUCCUCCCCACUACUGGCAUUGCCCCACAUUUACUUCCACCCUAAGGAUGAUUUGUGACCGUGCAUAGUUGCGAUGCAAAUUGAAAACCCAAAACAUACAUUGUAGCCAAUUGUAACCCGGGUUUGGUUUCUCUGUAAAAGCUAGCUGGUUAAACUUUAGAAUUCUAUUCCAGGGUUGUACUAACGAAAGUAGUUUGGGAAUAUUCAUUCAAUUUUGCGACACCCCCCCCCCCCCCCCCCCCUCCCCUACCCAAUCCUUAUUGUUGCCCAUUUUUUCUCUACGGUACGCCAAGUAUAAACUACUUUUAUUCCUCUUUGUCAUUGUGUAUCCCAAAAAGGAAAGCAAUACGAAAUGUUUUUAUAAUUAAGAGAGAAGACCUAUAAAUCUUCUUCAGGUCAUCAAGGGGUGAAGACCUGCUGCCGUUAUGUACCGUAGUUUGGUAGUCCUGAUUUUAUUUUACUUUUGUUACACCUGGCAUAAUAGCCGUCCUCACUGUGUUCCUGCACUGAUGCAGUUUAACAUGUUUUAUAUGAAAUUCUUUCAGAAUACAGUCGUUGCACUUUUAUGUUCUAUUAAUAUGUUAACAAAAUAUGUUUUUGGUAAAUAUUGAAUAAUGAAAAGAUUUUAUUUCUAAGGUAUUUGUAUGUACGUUUUUUUUGUUUUGUUUUUGUUUUUAUGUUCUAAAUGUUUUAUUUGUGGUUCACUUAUUUUAACACCUUUAAAGAGCAACACAGCCCAUUUCCAAGUGGGAAAUCAUUUUUGAAGCAUUCCAAGGGGUCUGUAUACUAAUAAACGUCUGGUUCUAACACUUGGAGCUUCCUAUUGAGUUUAUGCACAGAAUUUAAAAGGGCAAUGCUUUUACUAGCAAAAGCGUUGCCCUUUUAAAUUUCUGGCAUAAACAUGAUAGGAAGCGCUGGGUUUUAGAAGCUGAUGCUUAGUAAAUAAAACCCUAGAUCUGUUUCAUACCUAAAUAAUUACUUUUUUUUCUUUUCACUUUAAGAUGAUCUGAAAACAGUAUUUUUGCACACUUGUGAAAAUAUGCAUACUAAUCUGUCUCCGUAAUAAGAUGCAAUAGUUGUUUUGUAGUCUUGUGUAUCUUGGUUAAAUUGUAGUUUUUGUGGAUAUAUUGUGAGAUAGUGGACAGCAUGUGUGUGUCAGUUGUUGCGUAAAAUGUGAUGCUGCGAUUUUCAAACUAUGUAACGGACAAUCUGUCUUCCUUCUAGGUGUAUAAUGAUGUAACCUAUCUACCGUAACUUAGCAGGAAAUACUUUGUCUCUCUUUUUGUGUGCACAUGUACAGUUAAUAAAGUGACUAUAUGCAACAGUAA